AUGCCCUCUGCAAUUGCCCUUAGCUCUUUUGGGGUGCCAUCACCUCUUGUUAUUCCAGCCAUCUUCCCUCUCAUCACUUUGGACUGGGCAGCUCGCUUUAUCAACAGCCAAUAUCUCCAAGAUCUCUCACCCCAUUCCAUGUUGCAGUCAGAUCUUUUGGCCGCUGAUGUUAUAGAUAUAGGCUAG